UGAAGACGACGUCCAAUAUGCUUCGAACUCUUCACGUUCUUUUCCUCGCGCUCUGCCUUCUGAGAAGCGUUGCUGUGGCAACAGACGACUGUGACUCCAAAGAUACUCCUGAUGCCUGGGAGGCUAUUACACUUCCUGGAAAUGGAGAAUAUUGUCUCCAGAGCUCAACGCAAGCAAACCCGAGUGACUGUUUGAGAGGGGUGGUACCCACAAAUCCAACUAAGCCAGAUGCAACUAUCAUAUUAAAGUAUAAGGGCCAGAGCGGCGAAUGGGUAGAGACAGAAUGGAAGUUUCAUACAGAGGGCGACAAGAUAUCAGCAACUCUGGGUGAGAAGACACUAAAUGGAACAGUGAUAUUUGAUACCAAAGGCAAAUGCCACAUUGAUCAAUCUCCGGAUGAUGCUUACAGCCUUUGGAAACACAGCAGCGCCAGUGACAAUGAGACUGACUCCUGUCAGAAGAAAUUUGACGAGAGAACCAAGGGCAAGACGAUAGUGAAACCCCAGGAGAAAGACUGCCCGACCGAGAAAGUAGUUUGAUUACAGUCCACGCUGUGAAUCGAUCAAUUGAAUAAAAACAUCGUGCAUU